CACCGGCAGAACAAAAAUAAUUUUUGGGAGAAGAUGUUGGAAUAUAUGAAGAACACAGGAUAUUUUGAAGAGAAAAAAACAGAUGAGAAUGAGUAUGAUGAAGUGAAUGAUGAGAAUGAUGAAGAAGAGGAUGAAGAGGAGGAUGAAAAUUAUGAUAGUGAUAGUGAGAAUAAUGAGGACGAAAACGAAAAUAAGGAUAGAGAUGAUGAUAACAGAAAUGAUAGUGAUUAUAGUACCGAGAACGAAAAUGAAGAUGAGAAUAGAAUGAUGAUAAUAGAAGUGGUAGAAAUACGUUAUCAUAAGUAUUAUUUUGAAAAUAAUAAAAAAGAAAUUUGA